GUGCCUGCAGUUCCGCUAACGGCCAGAGGUGGUGCCCUUUCCACCGGACACAGCCACGGGGCUGAGGGGGGACACAUGCAAACAGCUAAAGCAUAAAAGAAGUGUUCACUCAUGGAGGAGAUCGAGCAGUGGUUUAAUCACCUGCGCAUUGCAAAACGAUCCACACAGAAAGCCGAAGAAUUAACCUACCUUCUGGAUAUUGACUGCCUGAAGGUACCCAUAGGACAAAGCGGUCAACUUGUUGCAGUUUCAUGUUCGAAUCAUUGUAUCCGUGUUUACAAUAAACAGACACUGACUCUAGUUCAACAGUUCCAGGGCCACUCUGCUCCUAUUAGUGGCAUUAGGUUUGCACAAAACACUGGCCAUUUGUUAUUCUCUGCAUCAUGUGACGGGACAGUGAAAUGUUGGGAUGUGCGUUCCUCUAGCACAGACCCAGUUCAAAAUUAUACAGGUUAUCCUAAUAACACAUUUAUCAGCUUUGAUAUUAGUUGUAAUGAUUUGGUUAUCUGUGCUGGAACAGAAAAGGUUGAAGAAGAUACUUUCUUGGUUUUCUGGGAUGCACGCACUGUGACAAACACGGAUAGUCAUGGAAGUCAGGAACCUCUUGGAGUUUAUUCAGAGACUCACAACAAUGACAUCACCCAAGUGCGUUUUCACCCCUCAAAUCCCAACAUGGUGGCAUCGGGGUCGACUGACGGAUUGGUCAACAUUUUUGACAUUAGCCAAGAAACAGAAGAUGAUGCCCUUCUUGCAACUUGCAACUCUGAUUCCUCAGUCAGCUUCGUUGGGUGGUCUGGGAAAGAGCUGGAACAGAUUUUUUGCAUGACCUACGAUGAAGGUUUCUAUCUGUGGGACCUUGCCAACCUGCACAAUGAUGAGCCCAUCACACUGGUGAAAACACAGGAUGCCCGGGAAAGCUUGAAACUUGACAAUGGCCACCUGGACUACUUGAUUGGAGGCUUUUACCAUGAAAAAGCUGAAAAGUUGUUUGUACUGGGUGGCACCAGUAUGGGGAAGCUUCACUUUUUAACAUGUGAUGCCAGCGAGCUUGCACACCUGCACACCCUGCAUGACAGACACUCAGCUAUAGUUCGUGCUUUUUAUUGGGAUUCUGAGGAUAAUUCUCUGUUGACAUGUGGGGAAGAUGCUCAGCUAUUUUUAUGGAAACCAAAUGCCACAGAAUUAACUACAGGAAAGAAGACAUCAAUGAAGCUUCCAUCUGAUGUGCAUAGAAAAAUGAAAGUUCAUAGCAAAAACUCUUACCAAAGCAAGAAGUAAGAUAAACAGGCAACUCCUCGCACUUGCAUACAGCUGAGUUUCAUUGAGAUUAAUUUCCGUUUUUAUAAGAGGAAAAGAAUUUUUUCUGUCAGUUAGGAAUUCAGUCAUUCAACAACGACUAAUUGACUCCAGAUCUGUGUUGCUUCUAAACAGUGAGGCUUUAAUUGGGGAAACCUAGAAAGUGCAAUAACAUUCUAAAAAAUGGAGCUGGGAUUUUUUUGUUGGGAUUGGGAUUUUAUUCGAAUGGCUGUAGCUUUCUUUUAUUUUGAUUCAUUCAUCUUUUUUUUUACAACUCAGAAGGUUGGUGCCUAUUAAAAGAAAAAAAACGUUUCUGCAAA